AUGGCCCCGUCGCCCCUAGCCAUGGCCCCUCGCGACCUGCCGCCCCUAACCGCGGCCCCGCUUGGAGGUUCAGGGGGAGGUUGGAGGGGAUCUGCAGCACCAGGUCCCCCACCCUUCUCCUACCUCCCCCUGCUGCGGGAGCAGCAGAGGGGGGGAGGGGAUCUGCAGCACCUCCCCCCCCUCCCCCCCCCCCCCCCCCAUCCUUCUCCUAUCUCCCCCUGCUGCGGGUGCAGUGGUGGGGGGGAGGGGAUCUGCCAUCCCCCUGCUGCGGAUGCGGCAGUGGGGGGAGGGGACCUGCAGCACCUGCCCCCCCCCCCCCCCCCCCCCCCCGCCCCCCCUUCUCCUCCAUCUCUCUGCUGCAAGUGCAGCAGUGGGGGAGGGUAUGGGGGUGGCGGGUGUGGCCAACCUGCUGUCGCCCGAGCGGCUCCUGCACCCCCCCACCCCCCCCCCCCCCCCCCCCUUUCUCCUCCAUCCCCCUGCUGCGGGUGUGGCGGUGGGGGGGAGGGGAUCUGCAGCUCCAGCCCCCCCCCCCUUCUCCUCCGUCCCUCUGCUGCAGGUGCAGCAGUGGGGGAGGGUAUGGGGGUGCCAGGUGUGGCCACCUGCUGUCGUCCGAGCGGCUCCUGCACCGCCCCUUCUCCUACCUCCCCCCUGCUGCGGGUGCAGCAGUGGGGGGGAGGGGAUCUUGGGGGAGGUUGA